AGCCCAUUCAAAUACCGUUGCCCACACAGUGUAAUACGCGUACUGGGAGCCCAAAGGAGUAGAGGGAAAAGAAUAAGAGUAGUCCUUUGUGGUGAAACAAACCUCAUUUCAUUUUCCUCUCUUGCUUUCACGAGUUGCACGCAUGGCACUAGACACGUUCACCAUCGUGGCGAUCGUGAUAGGCAUCGUCUUCGGCGCCGUCUUCAUCACCCUUAUAUGCCUCAGUGUCUUCACCUGUCUCAUAUACCGAAGGCGCAUGACGGCGCUGUCAAACCAGUGUGCGGAGGUGACGUCCAUGACGGAGGAGACGCGGAAGAAGUUGAGCUGCGUCACUGGUGUGGUGAACACGGCGGACAACGAGAGCAUGUUCAGCGACAACGGCAGCGCGAAUGCGUCGUUCGUCUCCGGCGGCUCGCGUCUGUGA